AUGGGGUGCAGGAGCUCGCGGCUGGACGCGGCGGACGUGUCACCCGUGGUCGCGCUCUGCCGGGAGCGGCGCGACCUGCUGCGCGCGGCGGCGGACCAGCGCGCCGCGCUGGCGGCAGCGCACGCCGCCUACUUCCGCGCGCUCCCGCGCGUGGCGGACGCGCUCGCGCGGUUCGCGGAGCAGCACCACGCCGCCACGCCGCCUGGGUCGCCCGUGCUCACGCUGCCCCCGUCCGAGCCGGACGAGCCCAAGAAGCGGAGCGCCUCCGUCUCCACCCUGCACACCGACUCCGGCCACUCCCACCUCCACUUCCACGCCGACGGCUCGGACUCCGAGCCCGACUCCGCCGACGACUGCGCCUGCGGCGCCGCCGGGCACGGCGGCCGAGGCGAGAUCUCGCCGCCGGCGGAAGAGCUUCAAGAACCGCAAAUCCCAGAGCCGGGAGCGUCGUCCAGGCCGCAAAUGCCGUGGGAGUACGGUCCCUACAACUCCUUCCCUUCCUCCUUCCCAAAUGUCACAUUCCCCGAUUACUACUACAUGAAGGCGAGCUCGACGCCGGCGAACACGGUGUACCAAGAACCCUACGGUUACGGCAACUUCGCCGCCAAUGUCUCCUACAACGGGUACGACUACGGGUACAGCAACCCAAUGUACGGUGUUCCGAUUCCCCCGGAGGGAGAACGGCUGGCCGAGGAUCGUCGCCGGGAGGCGCCGGCGGCUGCGCCGGCGCCGGCGCCGCCGAUGCCAAUGCCGGAAGUCUCGCCCUGGGACUUCUUUAACCCGUUCGACUCCUACGACUACAGCCAGCAGCUUCCGCAGUACAAGGAGAAAGGAUACGGUUCCAAUGGGUCGUUCACGAGUAGCCCCAACUCGAGCGAGGUGAGGGAAAGGGAGGGGAUACCGGAGCUCGAGGAGGAGACCGAGCAGGAGUCGAUGAGGGAAUCUCUGAAGGCGAGGAAGGCUGUGGAGAGCACCGCGUCCAACCGGAUUGACAAUGUCGAUGUGAAUGCCAAGGUGAAGACGGCGUCGAUGGAGCACAAGGAGUGCGAGAUUGAGAGUGUGGGGAGCGCUUCGGUUCUUGAUUCGGGGGAGGAGAGCGUGUAUAGCUGUGAAUGUGACAAUGCCAAUGCCAAUGCCAAUGCCAAUGCCAAUGCCAAUGCCAAUGCCGGAGCAGGAGCGGCGGUGCCGAUUGGGGAUGAUCCAGGGAUGGUGAAGAAGGUGGCCUCGGAGGAGCACUCAUCAAUGGUAGUGGCUGAAGACGUGCUGCCGGAAAACUUCGGGACACGGGAUGUUGCAGAUGUUGUGAAGGAGAUAAAGGAGCGAUUCAACUCGGUGGUAGCCUGUGGAGACGAUGUUGCUAAGAUCCUUGAGGUGGGGAGUAUGCAGUACCGGCCACAGAGAAGAGUUGUGCGAUUGGUAUUUUCACGAUUGAUGAGGACCUUUGCCUUGUUGUUUUCUUCUGUAUCUGAGCCUCCUGUGAAUAAUUUGGAGCAAACAACAUUAAGUGCAUCCAGAAGAAAUCAGAAUUUGAGUCAAAGAAUUGGUGGUGCCAGUGAUAUUGAGCUUAAUACCCUUUCUUCAGUAAUGGAUAGAUUGUAUGUGUGGGAGAAAAGACUUCAUAAGGAAAUUAUGGAGGAAGAAAAAUUGAGGAUCACAUAUGACAAACAAUGGAAGCGCCUGAAAGAGUUGGACGAUAAUGGCGCAGAACCAUAUAAAAUUGAUUCUACGCGGGCCUCAAUUAGGACACUGCUCACCAGAAUCAACAUUACUAUUAGAUCAGCCAAAGUUAUUUCGAGGAGGAUCCACAUACUACGAGAUGAUGAGCUACAUCCACAUCUUGUUAAGCUUAUUCAAGGGCUUGUGAGAAUGUGGAAAUUCAUUCUUGAAUGCCAUCGGAAGCAAUUUCAUGCUAUACUUGAAACUAAAUCUCAUGUUCUCAUCCCUAAGAAUGGGCCUGAAAGGAACUCCAAGAUUACAUUCGAACUAGAAAUGGAACUUUUGAACUGGUGUUCCUGUUUCAGUAAUUGGAUUCUGUCACAAAAGGCUUAUAUUGAAACUCUCAAUGGCUGGUUAGUCAAAUGGCUUCCACAGGAAAAGGAGGAAACACCAGAUGGGAUCGCACCAUUUUCUCCGGGUAGACUUGGAGCUCCAGCUGUGUUCAUCACAGCUAAUGAUUGGUGUCAAACCAUGAAAAGGAUACCAGAAGGUACUGUCAUAGGUGCAAUAGAAGCUUUCGCUGUUAAUGUGCACAUGCUAUGGGAGCGGCAGGAUGAAGAGCAGCAACAGAAGUUGAAAGCUGACUUUUUAUCUAGAGAUUACUCAAAGAGGUUGAAAUCUUUUCAAAAGGAACAUGGUUUGGCUGGACAUCAUGAAGCUGAUAAGACAAUGUUGCCUAUUGCCGAAAAUAACAGAGCAGUUGAUAGCCGCAUGGUAGCUUUGGACGCUUUGCACAAGAGAUUGGAUGAACAAAGAUCUAGGCACGAGGAAACUGUGAAUCAAAUCCAAGAAUCAAGUGCAACAGACCUGAAAGCAGGUCUAGGGCCAAUACUUGAAGCAUUGGAAUCUUUUACCCAAGAGACGCUGAAAGGUUAUGAGAAUGUAAGAAUGCUUAACGGUUGUGGAGCUUGAUAGUUAAACAAGGCUCCCCCUUUGCUUCUGAUGGCUUGUACUUUGGUCAGAACAAAUGAUCUCGGGAUUCAAUGGUAAGACUCAGCAAUACUGCACUCAUUUACCAGUCAAUACCGUUGUAUUUCUGAGUAAUGUUCACUUGAUAUGCAAGAACAGAAGGUGAAACAGAUUCUUGCAUGAUUGUGGCAUGAAGCAUCAUUUAUCAGUGCUUUGAGGUGAUUCUGAGCAAAUGCUCAGGUAAAGUUUCCUGGCCAGCUACAUUUGAUUAUGCCAAGCGAUCUACUAGGUGACCUCUUAUCAGGGAGGGUAGCAGACAAUUUUGUAGCCACUUUCAGAUUUUGUACAUAUUAGUUUAGUGAUUUUGCAGAGUAGCUUCUUAUUUAUGUACAAUGUAAUCUGUACAUUGUAAAAGCUGUAUUUAUGCCUUGUUACCCGUUGAGUAAUGCGU